AAUCUUAGUAGAUUCCCAGAUUUCCUCAUGAACCAAAAGGAAAUGUUCUCUCUAGACCUUUCAAGUAAUAGAAUUGAUGGUGCAAUACCCAAAUGGAUAUGGCAAAAGAAUUUGUUAGGGCUAGACCUUUCUAACAACUCCUUGACAGGUCUGGAAUUGCCACUACCUAAUGAUCACUCCUUCAACAUUGAACUUCUUGAUCUUCAUUCAAACAAGAUACAAGACUGUCUCUCAAUGGCUCCGUGCUUUCCACAAACAUUCAAUCAAUCUUGCAGUGAGUUUGUAUCUCCUAUCUUAGGGAAUCUCACAUCCCUUCUCUCCAAAGCCAAUUUAUUUUCAAUUUCUGAGAAUAAUUUAACUGGAAAAAUCCCUUUCUCACUCUGUAAUGCCAGUAAUUUGGGUAUUUUGGAUUUGUCCAAUAACCAAUUGAGUGGCGUCAUUCCAACAUGCCUUGCUAGUAGUAAUUUGGGAGUUCUUAAUUUAGAAAACAACAAAUUACAUGGACCCAUUCCUCCUACUUUCAAAAAUGGGUGCAGUCUACAGACUCUCAAACUCAACAAAAAUAUGCUUCAAGGAGAAGUUCCAAGAUCAUUGUGCAACUGCAAAGAACUCAAGGUGUUAGAUAUUGGGGAUAACCAAUUGAAUGAUACAUUCCCAUAUUGGUUGGAAAAUCUUUCUGAAUUGCAAGUUCUUGUCAUCAGAUCUAACAAAUUUGGUGGUCCCAUUGCUCAACUCCCUCAAGCUGAUUCUCCUUUCCUAAGCCUCCAUGUCAUUGACCUCUCUUUCAAUGCUUUCACUGGGAGCUUACCAUUGCAAUAUAUUCUUCAUUGGAGGGCAAUGAUGAUUGUGGAGAACAAUUCAGUUUUGAAUUAUAUCAGUCUCUCAAAUUCUUCCAGCUACUACCUAGACACACUUGUAGUUAUGGACAAGGUACUAUACUUGAAAAUGCCGAUUUUGACCACCUUUUCCACCAUAGAUCUAUCUAACAACAACUUCAAAGGAGAGAUUCCACAUGCUUUGGGAAAUUUAAAAGCACUUAUCGUACUCAACUUGUCAGGAAAUAGCCUCACUGGUCAAAUUCCAUUGUCGUUCGGAAAUCUAAGCAAGCUCGAGUCGUUGGAUCUUUCAAGAAACCAACUUUCAGGAGAAAUCCCAAGGCAAUUGACAAGUUUGACCUUCCUUUCAGCCUUGAAUGUAUCAUAUAAUAAUCUCGUAGGAGGUAUACCACAAGGGAGCCAAUUCGACACCUUUUCAAAUGCUUCCUAUGAGGGAAAUGCAGAACUAUGUGGGUUGCCUUUGUCAAGGAAGUGUGGAGUAACUAAUAGUGCAUUACCUCCGGCAUCAACCUCCCAACAAGAUGAUGAUUCAACAAGUCUACUUGAUUGGAAAUUUGUCGUAGCUAGAUAUUGCUCCGGUUUAAUAAUUGGACUGGUUGCAGGACAACAAUUGUUUUGGAAAAACAACCGAUACUUUGGAUAUAUUUUGAGAAUCAGAGGAUCCAAGCAAAGGAAAGGGCUAAAGAAGAAACACCACAACAGAAGGAAAUGA